AGCGACUCUGCCAAAAUGCCGCGUUCGCAUUUCACUCGAAAACACUGUCUAGUAAUGACGGGUGGCUUAGUUGCAUUGGCUUUCGUGAUCUUGUGCUUCACGCACUCCACGGUCUUCUCCGCGAAGGUAACCGACCCCGGCACCGAUGAGUCUACGCUGGAGCUGCUGCAUAUUGUCUUUCGACAUGGACCGCGCACACCGGCGGACACAUAUCCAAAGGAUCCCCAUGUAAACGAAACCUACUAUCCAAAUGGCUGGGGACAAGUAACAAAUAAUGGCAAACGCGAACUAUUCAACAUUGGUAGCUGGCUGCGUAAGCGUUAUGGCAAAUUUUUGGCGCCCUACUACAGUCCCGAUUUGGUGCACGCACAGGCGACGGGCGUGCCACGCACACACAUGACCAUGCAGACGGUGAUGGCCAGCUUCUUCCCGCCCAAGGGCACACCCAUGGAGUGGAACAACAAAUACAAUUGGCAGCCCGUGCCGGUCUUCUCGCAGGCCUUGGACGAGGAUACGCUCCUGCUGGUGCGCACGCCCUGCCCGCGCUACUUUGAGGCCCUCCACGAGGUGUACGAGCGUCCCGAGGUCAAGGCCGAGAUUGCGCCCUACAUGGAGAUGUUCAAGGAGCUGGCCGAGCACACUGGCUUGCCCUUCAACGAGCCCGAGGAUGUGCAGUCGCUCUACCUGACGCUGCUGGCCGAACAGGAGUGGGGUCUGGAGCUGCCCGCCUGGACCAAGCAGUACUUCCCCGAGAAGCUGCAGUUCCUUACCGAACAGAGCUACAUCUACAAUGUGUACACACCUGAGCUGCAGAAGAUCAAGGCGGGUCCCUUCCUCAAGAAAAUGUUCACCGAAAUGCAGCAGCGCCGCAACUCAACCCUGAAGCCUGCCCAGCGCAAACUCUUCAUGUACACCGGUCAUGACUCCACUGUGGUCAACAUACUGUCCGCCCUGAAGGUCUGGGAGCGCCAGCUGCCACGCUACUCGGUCAUGGCUCUGUUCGAGCUGCACAAGCACAAGCAGACCGGCGAGUACUGGGUGGAGAUCUAUUUCCGCAACAAUCCCAAGGCACCCGCAGAGAUGCUGACGGUGCCUGGCUGUGACUUCAAGUGCCCGCUGGACAAGCUGAUGGAGCUGGUGAAGGAUGUGGUGCCCAGCGAGGCCGACUCGAAUCGUUGUGCCGCCAAGAGCGAAGCGUUCACCGAACCCCCACUACGUGGACCAUAGAGUGAAGCCAUUGCCAUUGGAAUCUUACAGGUGCUACAAACUCAGGGAACCUACAGUUAGUUUUAGUGCAUAAGUAAAACAUACAAUGUCUGCUUAUUAAAAAACAAGAACAAGAA